GGCUCACGCUGCUGCCCAGGCUGGAGUGCAAUGGUGUGAUCUCAGCUCACACUGCAGCCUCUGCCUCCCGGGUUCAAGUGAUUCUUCUUAGUCUACAUUUUAAGACAUGGUGCAUGUUUUCAAAGAGAGCAGCUCGGAGCCCUCUGGCAUGUCAUGAUGUCACCAAGUCAGAGUCCACCUGGGGCCUGUGGGGAUGGGUGGUGGCAGGAGGCGGGGUCAGAGGUUAAGGAGCCCAGUUCUGAGUACCAUUUUCCUGAGCAUGUAUUUGAUGAGAGGUGUUCCACGAGCCUGCCGUGGCUUCUGUGGGUGCUGGAGCCUGGGAUGUCCUGGAUACCCCCGGUCUGGAAGCUGGUAGCAUCGAGAGAACAGCAGCUGGUUCAGCUCAGAAGCCAAGGGGUGGGGGUUCCCCCUGGGUGAGGUGGACCUGACGGGGUCUGAGCAGACCUGCGAGAAAUACCCAAGACUUGAGGGAAAACAUUCCAUGGCUUUUUCAUUUGGAGCCAAACAUUGCCUCAUGUAAUUUUCUCCCUGCUUUUUCCCAUUGCCUCUGCCAGGGUCCUUGGGCCUGGCACAGACGCUGUAAUAAAAGACCCUGUGUGUGUGUGUGUCUGUAUGUGUGUACGUGUGAGGGUGUAUAUGUGCAUAUGUGUGCAUGUAUGUGUGUUCGCAUGUGUAUAUGUCAGUGUAGGUAUUUGUGAGUGUGUGUAUGUGGGUAUUUGUGCAUGUCAGCAUAUGUGUAUGUGUGGGUGUGCAUGUGUGUACAUGUCUGAAUGUAUAUAUGUGCAUGCAUAUGUGUGAACCUGAGUGUAUCUAUGCAUAUUUGUAUAUAUGUGUGCACAUACACACAUGCAUUUGUGUGUGCACAUAUGUGUAUGUGUGUAUGUAUGUGGGUAUUUGUGAAUAUGUCAGUGUGUGUGUGUGUGAGUAGGUGUGUGUACAUGUCUGAGUGUAUGUAUGUGCAUGCAUGUGUGUACAUGUGAGAGCAUAUGCACACACAUGUGCAUACAUGUGCACACACGUAUUUGUGCAUGUGUGCAUGCAUGUAGAUAUUUGUAUGUGCACAUGUGAGUACACGUGUAUAUGUCUGAAUGUAUAUGUGCAUAUGUGUGUAUGUAUGUGUGUGUGUAUAUAUAUUUGCUUGUGAGCAUGUAUGUAUGUGCAUUUGUGUGUGUUGAGUGUGUGUGUGUGGGGGUUCCAGGGAGAACUAUCGGCACAGAACCAGCCCCUCCCAGCCCCCCAUGCUCUGUGUUUAUGGUGAGGGCACUUGUGAUUAUUUUUCUUCCCUGAACGUUCUGAUUCUUCCUGGAUUGUGGUGUGUGUCCAUCCUAAGGCCUGCAGAGGCCUUUGAGGGCGUGCAGCUCUUUGGAGCUGAAUUCACCUUCUCAGUACCUUCUAGGGGAGACUGACCCCCAUCUGCAACCUUGGAGGGAGCCGCCAGUCCACAGUGCUGGGAAAUGUGGCCAGUCCAGUGUGUGACCCACCAGGAGCGAGUGCAGGAAGAACAAGGGCUGUGGAGGUGGAUAGCUGGGUUCAAAUCCUGAUUCAAAUGUCUCUGAGCUGUGGCCUUGCGGGGGCCGCCCAGCCUUUGGGCACAACCGGUUCCCUACCUGUGGAAUGAGAAUAGCACCAUCCUACCACGGAGAGUGGGCGGCUAGCAGUGAAAAUGGGGCGCUGUGCUAAGCGUUCAUCUCAGGCUUCGUCUUCAACAUCCCUCACCCCAAUUCUGUGAGGAAGGUACUUUUCACAUCCCCAUUUUACAGAUGAGGAAAUGGAGGCAGUCCGAUUUCAGAACGCUUUACUGCUUUAUUCUUCCUUAGAGCCGUUCCUUGUUACAUUGUGCUGUCUUAAGCAGCAGUUGGCCUGGGAAAGGUGCUGCGUACUAGCAGGUAAAGAUGAGCCUUCCAGCUACAUUUGCACAACAUGCAAGCAGCCCUUCAACAGCGCGUGGUUCCUGCUGCAGCACGCGCAGAACACGCACGGCUUCCGCAUCUACCUGGAGCCCGGGCCGGCCAGCAGCUCGCUCACGCCGCGGCUCACCAUCCCGCCGCCGCUCGGGCCAGAGGCCGUGGCGCAGUCCCCGCUCAUGAAUUUCCUGGGCGACAGCAACCCCUUCAACCUGCUGCGCAUGACGGGCCCGAUCCUGCGGGACCACCCGGGCUUCGGCGAGGGCCGCCUGCCGGGAACGCCGCCGCUCUUCAGCCCCCCGCCGCGCCACCACCUGGACCCGCACCGCCUCAGUGCCGAGGAGAUGGGGCUCGUCGCCCAGCACCCCAGUGCCUUCGACCGAGUCAUGCGCCUGAACCCCAUGGCCAUCGACUCGCCUGCCAUGGACUUCUCGCGGCGGCUCCGCGAGCUGGCGGGCAACAGCUCCACGCCGCCGCCCGUGUCCCCGGGCCGCGGCAACCCUAUGCACCGGCUCCUGAACCCCUUCCAGCCCAGCCCCAAGUCCCCGUUCCUGAGCACGCCGCCGCUGCCGCCCAUGCCCCCCGGCGGCACGCCGCCCCCGCAGCCGCCGGCCAAGAGCAAGUCGUGCGAGUUCUGCGGGAAGACCUUCAAGUUCCAGAGCAAUCUCAUCGUGCACCGGCGCAGCCACACGGGCGAGAAGCCCUACAAGUGCCAGCUGUGCGACCACGCGUGCUCGCAGGCCAGCAAGCUCAAGCGCCACAUGAAGACGCACAUGCACAAGGCCGGUUCGCUGGCCGGCCGCUCCGACGACGGGCUCUCGGCCGCCAGCUCCCCCGAGCCCGGCACCAGCGAGCUGGCGGGCGAGGGCCUCAAGGCCGCCGACGGCGACUUCCGCCACCACGAGAGCGACCCGUCGCUGGGCCACGAGCCGGAGGAGGAGGACGAGGAGGAGGAAGAGGAGGAGGAGGAGCUGCUGCUGGAGAACGAGAGCCGGCCCGAGUCGAGCUUCAGCAUGGACUCGGAGCUGAGCCGCAACCGCGAGAACGGCGGCGGCGGGGUGGCCGGGGUGCCGGGCGCGGGGGGCGGCGCGGCCAAGGCGCUGGCGGAUGAGAAGGCGCUGGUGCUGGGCAAGGUCAUGGAGAACGUGGGCCUGGGCGCGCUGCCGCAGUACGGCGAGCUCCUGGCGGACAAGCAGAAGCGCGGCGCCUUCCUGAAGCGCGCGGCGGGCGGCGGGGACGCGGGCGACGACGACGACGCGGGCGGCUGCGGGGACGCGGGCGCGGGCGGCGCGGUCAACGGGCGCGGGGGCGGCUUCGCGCCGGGCGCCGAGCCCUUCCCCGGGCUCUUCCCGCGCAAGCCCGCGCCUCUGCCCAGCCCCGGGCUCAACAGCGCCGCCAAGCGCAUCAAGGUGGAGAAGGACCUGGAGCUGCCGCCCGCCGCGCUCAUCCCGUCCGAGAACGUGUACUCGCAGUGGCUGGUGGGCUACGCCGCGUCGCGGCACUUCAUGAAGGACCCCUUCCUGGGCUUCACGGACGCGCGCCAGUCGCCCUUCGCCACGUCGUCCGAGCACUCGUCCGAGAACGGCAGCCUGCGCUUCUCCACGCCGCCCGGGGACCUGCUGGACGGCGGCCUCUCGGGCCGCAGCGGCACGGCCAGCGGAGGCAGCACUCCGCACCUGGGCGGGCCCGGGCCCGGGCGGCCCAGCUCCAAGGAGGGCCGCCGCAGCGACACGUGCGAGUACUGCGGCAAGGUGUUCAAGAACUGCAGCAACCUGACGGUGCACCGGCGGAGCCACACCGGCGAGCGGCCUUACAAGUGCGAGCUGUGCAACUACGCGUGUGCGCAGAGCAGCAAGCUCACGCGCCACAUGAAGACGCACGGGCAGAUCGGCAAGGAGGUGUACCGCUGCGACAUCUGCCAGAUGCCCUUCAGCGUCUACAGCACCCUGGAGAAACACAUGAAAAAGUGGCACGGCGAGCACUUGCUGACUAACGACGUCAAAAUCGAGCAGGCCGAGAGGAGCUAAGCGCGCGGGGCCCCGGCCGCCGCGCACCUGUACAGUGGAACCGUUGCCAACCGAGAGAAUGCUGACCUGACUUGCCUCCUUGUCACCGCCACCCCGCACCCCGCGUGUCCCCGGGGCCCGGGGGAGGCGGCACUCCAACCUAACCUGUGUCUGCGAAGUCCUAUGGAAACCCGAGGGUUGAUUAAGGCAGUACAAAUUGUGGAGCCUUUUAACUGUGCAAUAAUUUCUGUAUUUAUUGGGUUUUGUAAUUUUUUUGGCAUGUGCAGGUACUUUUUAUUAUUAUUCUUUCUGUUUGACUUCCUUUGAGAGAUUUUUUUGGGUGUCCAUCCCUUCUUCUUCUUCUUCUUCUUUUUUAAACCCGGUAGUAGCCUGAGCAAUGACUCACAAGCAACGUUAGAGGGGAAGCAUAUCUUUUAAAUUAUAAUUUGGGGGGAGGGGUGGUGCUGCUUUUUUGAAAUUUAAGCUAAGCAUGUGUAAUUUCUUGUGAAGAAGCCAACAUUCAAAUGACUUUUAAAGUUGUUUACCUUUUUAUUCCUUCCUCUUUUUUUUGUCCUGAAAUAAAAAGUGGCAUGCAGUUUUGUUUUGUUUUGUUUAAUUUUUUUUGUUGAUUUUUUGUUUUUGGGGUGGGGGGGUGUGGAUGUACAGCGGAUAACAAUCUUUAAAGUCGUAGCACUUUGUUUCAGAAUUGGAAUGGAGAUGUAGCACUCAUGAUGUCCCAAGUAAAGCGGCCUUUUCUGCGUUGAUUUCAGCUUUCAUAGUACAUAAGGGAAACCUUCCGUGGUGGUGCUGGGGGAGGCACCCCACAGACUCAGCACCACCAGAAAUAGGGUUUUGGAGGGCUCCUCUGGGAAAUGGCCUGACAGCAUUCUGAGUUUGUGCAUGACCCUUUCUUGGAGUGCUGGUGUGCCCUGGGGUGCCAUGGCUGCUAUUCGCUGUAGAUUAGGCUAAAUAAAACGGGCUGAGGGUACCUUUUUGGGGAGAUGGGGUGGCCUGCAGUGACACAGAAAGGAAGAAACCAGUGGUGUUCUUUUAGGCUUUUUUCUGGCUUGAUGGCUUCUCUGUCUCUCUUUUUAAAAUCACCCCACCACAUAAAUCUCAAAUCCUGUAUGGCAGCAAGUGGUCGUUGAUCAUUUCCCAAGCAGACGAAUGCCCUAAUGAAUUGAAGUUAGUGUUCUCUCAUUUAAUGCACACUGAUGAUACUGUAGGGAUGGGUGGGGUGGGGAUCUUGCAAAUUUCUAUUCCCUUUUACUGAAAAAGCCGGGGAGGAGUUCCAUGAGAAGGUGCCCAGCGCUACUGCCCAGGUUGUUUUGUUUCGUUUUGUUGUCUAUCUCAUUAGGUUGGAAGGUACUAAACAUUGAACUGUUCAGAUUAGACAUUUGAAUUCCGUUGACCCGCACUUUAAAGCUUUUGUUUGCAUUUAAAUUAAAUGGCUUCUAAACAAGAAAUUGCAGCAUAUUCUUCUCUUUGGCCCAGAGGUGGGUUAAACUGUAAGGGACAGCUGAGAUUGAGUGUCAGUAUUGCUAAGCGUGGCAUUCACAAUGCUGGCACUAUAAAGAACAAAAUAAAAUAAGAAUUCCUAGGACAGUUUUUCUGCUGCCAUUCAAUUUGAUGUGAGUGCCUUGAAAACUGAUCUUCCUAUUUGAGUCUCUUGAGACAAAUGCAAAACUUUUUUUUUGAAAUGAAAAGACUUUUUAAAAAAGUAAAACAAGAAAAGUAGGUUCUUUAGAAACUAACAAAGCCACAUUUACUUUAAGUAAAAAAAAAAAAAAAAUUCUGGUUGAAGAUAGAGGAUAUGAAAUGCCAUAAGACCCAAUCAAAUGAAGAAAUAAACCCAGCACAACCUUGGACAUCCAUGAGCUGAAUUCUCCUCAGCCCCUUUUGUUUUUGGGACAACGCUGCUUAGAUAUGGAGUGGAGGUGAUUUACUGCUGGAUUAAAACUCAAGUGACACAUGUUACAAGUUGAUAUCGUUGAAAGAAAAGCAAAACAAAAACAAUUCAGGAACAACGGCUAAUUUUUUCUAAAGUUAAAUUUAGUGCACUCUGUCUUAAAAAUACGUUUACAGUAUUGGGUACAUACAAGGGUAAAAAAAAUUGUGUGUAUGUGUGUUGGAGCGAUCAUUUUUCUUUCAAAGUUUGCUUAAUAGGUUAUACAAAAAUGCCGCAGUGGCCGCGUGUAUAUUGUUUUCUUUUGGUGACGGGGUUUUAGUAUAUAUUAUAUAUAUUAAAAUUUCUUGAUUACUGUACAAGUGGACCAGUAUUUGUAAUAAUCGAGAAUGCCUGGGCAUUUUACAAAACAAGAAAAAAAAGUACCUUUUCCUUUCCUUGAAAAUGUUGCAGUAAAAUUUAAAUGGUGGGUCUAUAAAUUUGUUCUUGUCACAGUAACUGUAAAGUCGGAGUUUUAGUAAAUUUUUUUCUGCCUUGGGUGUUGAAUUUUUAUUUAAAAAAAUGUAUAGAAACUUGUAUUUGGGGAUUCAAAGGGGAUUGCUACACCAUGUAGAAAAAGUAUGUAGAAAAAAAGUGCUUAAUAUUGUUAUUGCUUUGCGGAAAAAAAAAAUCACAUUUCUGACCUGUACUUAUUUUUCUCUUCCCGCCUCUCUCUGGAAUGGAUAUAUUGGUUGGUUCAUAUGAUGUAGGCACUUGCUGUAUUUUUACUGGAGCUCGUAAUUUUUUAACUGUAAGCUUGUCCUUUUAAAGGGAUUUAAUGUACCUUUUUGUUAGUGAAUUUGGAAAUAAAAAGAAAAAAGAACAAAAACAAACAGGCUGCCAUAAUAUAUUUUUAGUUUGGCAGGAUAAAAUAUUGCAAAAAACACAUUUGUAUGUUAAGUCCUAUUGUACAGGAGGAAAAGGGUUGUUUGACAACCUUUGAGAAAAAGAAACAGAAGGAAGUAGUUAAAUGCUUUGGUUCACAGAUCAUUAGUUGUAUAUAUUUUUUGUCGGAGGUGGCCUACACAGAGAACCGUUCGUGUUGGGCUUCUCUCUGAAUGCCCCGAACCUUGCAUCAAGGCUCCUUGGUGUGGCCACAGCAGACCGGAUGGGAAAUUCUUUAUUUGUGUUGAGUGGAAAAAAAUCAGUUUUUGUAAAGAUGUCAGUAACAUUCCACAUCGUCCUCCCUUUCUCUAAGAGGCCACCUGUAAGAGGAAAGAUGUGGAGGAGAGAGAGCGAGAGAACAUCUUCCUCUGCCAUCACUUCCGUGGCGGUCACCGCCACCACGUCUCCCGCCCUUACCGGCAGAAAGCAACGCCCACUGUGCUUCUUCAGUACUUGAGAAAUUGUGAAACAAACGCAAAUGUCAUAGAAGGAGCUGGUGAUUCAGCUGGGUCCAGGUGAAGUGACCUGCUGUAGAGACCGGCACAAAUUGGAUUUCAGGAAGGAGACCCCAUCGCAGCCAGGACCUUCCGUGCCAUGGAGAGUGCUGGCCUCUUGUCUUUCUUCCCUGCUUUGCUGCUUUGCUCUCUGAAACCUACAUUCCGUCAGUUUCCGAAUGCCAGGGCCUGGGAUGAAUUCGGUGCCUUUCCAUAUCUUGUUCUCUCUCCUUCCCCUGCGUUUCCUCUCCAUCCUUCAUCCUCCAUUGGUCUUUUACUCACUUUAGAAACAUUUUUAUUUAUUUAUUUUUCUUUCUUCCUAUCUGUCCCUCUCCUAACCCUCCCUUUGAAUUUUUUUUUUUUUUUUUUGUAAAGCCAAGUAGCUUUAAGAUAAAGUGGUGGUCUUUUGGAUGAGGGAAUAAUGCAUUUUUAAAUAAAAUACCUAUAUCAGGAAGCCAUUUUUUAUUUCAGGAAAUGUAAGAAACCAUUAUUUCAGGUUAUCAAAGUAUAACCAAGCAUCCUUUAGGGCAAUUCCUUACCAAAUACAGAAGCUUUUCUGUUUGAUGCACUCUUUCCUCCUUGCCAUUUACCUUUGCAAAGUUAAAGAAAAGGGGAGGGAAUGGGAGAGAAAGCUGAGAUUUCAGCUUCCUACUGCAGUUUCCUACCUGCAGUUUGGGGGCUGCUGUUGCCUUUGGAUGCCCCGUUGAGGUCCUGGAGCGCCUCCAGGGCGGUCCUCCUGUAGUCAAACAGCCAGUGCUCACCAGCUUACCAGAAUGCCAGGACUAAGCCAUCCCAAAGCACAAGCAUUGUGUGUCUCUGUUGACUGCAGAGAAGAGAGAAUCUUGCUUCUGUUUCAUGUUUAAAAAACCAACACGGAAGCAGGUGAUCCAGAGAGAGAGGCCUCUAGCGUGGGUGACCCAGCCGACCUCAGGCCGGUUUCCACACUGCCACAACUUUGUUCAAAGUUGCCCCCAAUCGGAACCCGCCACUUGCCAUUAGAGGGUCUUUCAUGGGGAGAGGAGGAGACUGAAUUACUCUAAGGAAAAUGUGAGAAGUAAGGAAAUCAGCCUUUCAUCCCGGUCCUAAGUAACCGUCAGCCGAAGGUCUUGUGGAACACAGGCAAACUCGUGAUUUUGGUGCUCCUUGUAACUCAGCCCUGCAAAGCAAAGUCCCAUUGAUUUAAGUUGUUUGCAUUUGUACUGGCAAGGCGAAAUAUUUUUAUUACCUUUUCUAUUACUUAUUGUAUGAGCUUUUGUUGUUUACUUGGAGGUUUUGUCUUUUACUACAAGUUUGGAACUAUUUAUUAUUGCUUGGUAUUUGUGCUCUGUUUAAGAGACAGGCACUUUUUUUUAUUAUGGAUAAAAUGUUGAGAUGACAGGAGGUCAUUUCAAUAUGGCUUAGUAAAAUAUUUAUUGUUCCUUUAUUCUCUGUACAAGAUUUUGGGCCUCUUUUUUUCCUUAAUGUCACAAUGUUGAGUUCAGCAUGUGUCUGCCAUUUCAUUUGUACGCUUGUUCAAAACCAAGUUUGUUCUGGUUUCAAGUUAUAAAAAUAAAUUGGACAUUUAAGUUGAUCUCCAAA